GGAGGUAAGCGCGGCUGUUACUGAAGCUCCUGCUCUCUCUGCUUGGAUUCUACCAACCCUGGGGUCGGACGAACACCGUGUGGUCACUUUUUGUGACUUAUUCUGGGAUGUUGCUGCCACACACAGUCGUCCCGUGCUUUUUGUAGUUUUUAAAGCGCUGUCUGUUAACGACAGCUCCACAAAGACGUCCAGUCUCCUCCUAGCCGACGCUGGCUAACUGUGACUAGCUUCCUGAGGACGAACGCAUCAUUACGAGUUAAUCUCCGCUGACUCGUUUGGCGUAAGCCGCUUGGUCAUAGCUGUUUAUCUAUAACUCGGUGACUAAAGUGGAUGCUUUUAGUCGCCCUCUCAUGACUGCGGCGGAUAGGGCAGCGUUUCGCGACGCGGGGUAUUCGGAAGAUUGAUUUUCAGUUAGCCUCGGCGGCGGAGCUUCGGGCUGCUUCGGGGGAUGUUGGCGGCGGCGGUAGCAAAGCAAGCUAACGUCGGUUGCUCCGUGUGAAGGAGGGGAGUGUAAGAAAGUGAGGGACCACUUCAAGCUCAUCCGUGAGGAGCUUCAUUUCCUUUCUGUUGGGUUAAAUUCCGGAUUGGAUGUCGCUGGGAGAAUCCCGACAAUUUUCAAACAGAACCGGACACGGAAUAUACAUCAGAAACAGAUCGAAGGGAUUAUUUUUGUGCUUCUUCAGGUGGAUUUCGGCCUCCUAUUCUGGAUCAUUGGGGGAACAAAUUAAGUGUUUUGACACUGACUUAAUCUCCCUCUCCCAGUUGGCGACCUCUUCCCCCUCCCGCUGCACCCUCUAAUGCGGAGAUCUUAGUAGCACCGGCAUCCAAAUCCCCCUACGGCGGCCGGUCAUGCUGAAGUGUAUCCCCUUGUGGCGCUGCAAUCGCCACGUCGAGUCGGUGGACAAGCGCCACUGCAACCUGCAGACUGUCCCCGAUGAGAUCUUUCGCUACAGCCGCAGCCUGGAGGAACUUCUCCUCGAUGCCAACCAACUCAAAGAGCUACCAAAGCCUUUCUUCAGACUAUUAAACUUACGGAAGCUCGGCUUGAGUGACAAUGUGAUCCAGAGACUCCCUCCUGAGGUGGCCAACUUCAUGCAGCUGGUGGAACUGGACAUCUCCAGAAAUGAAAUCCCAGAGAUUCCUGAGAGCAUCAAGUUCUGCCGGGCCUUGGAGAUCGCAGACUUCAGUGGAAACCCACUCGCCAGAUUGCCGGACGGCUUCACUCAGCUGCGAGCGCUGGCUCACCUUUCCCUCAACGAUGUGACGUUACAGACGUUACCCAGCGACAUUGGAAAUCUGGCCAACUUGGUGACACUCGAGCUCAGGGAGAACCGGUUGAAGUCUCUGCCUACGUCGCUCUCUUUCCUGGUGAAACUGGAACAGCUGGACCUUGGCAGCAAUGAACUGGAAGUUUUGCCUGACACACUCGGUGCUCUCCCCAACCUGAGGGAGCUGUGGUUGGACCGUAAUCAGUUGUCUUCAUUACCACCUGAACUGGGAAACCUUCGGCGGCUGGUGUGUCUGGACGUCUCUGAGAACCAUCUGGAUGAGCUUCCUUUGGAGCUGAACGGCCUGCUGGCUCUCACCGACCUGCUGCUCACACAGAACCUGCUGGAGGUCAUCCCAGACAGCAUAGGUUGUUUAAAGCAGCUGUCCAUCCUGAAAGUGGACCAGAACCGACUAACUCAGCUGACAGACUCUAUAGGAGAGUGUGAAAACCUCACCGAGCUUGUCCUGACAGAGAAUCAUUUACAGUCACUUCCUCGCUCGCUGGGCAAGCUGAAGAAGCUGACAAACCUGAAUGUAGACCGGAACCGGCUCGGCAGCGUGCCCAAAGAACUCGGCGGCUGCGCCAGCCUCAACGUCCUCUCGCUGAGAGAUAAUCGCCUGAGCAAACUGCCCGCUGAGCUGGCAGACGCCACCGAGCUGCAUGUGCUGGAUGUGGUCGGAAACAGAUUACAAAACUUGCCUUUCGCCUUGACAAACCUCAACCUGAAGGCCAUGUGGCUCACAGAGAAUCAGUCGCAACCAAUGCUCAAGUUUCAGACCGAAGACGAUGAGCGGACAGGAGAGAAAGUGUUGACCUGCUAUUUACUCCCCCAGCAGCCAUCGCCAAGCCUCGAGAACCUGCUGCAGAACAGCGUGGAUGACAGCUGGACGGAUAGCAACCUGAACAGAGUGUCCGUCAUUCAGUUCCAGGAGGAGACUAAAGCUGAGGAAGAGGAAGAUGACGAAGCUGCAGCAGAGCGCAAGUGCCUCCAGCGCAGAGCCACCCCUCAUCCCAGUGAGCUGAAGGUGAUGAAGAAGGGGAUAGAGGACAGGAGGAAUGAGCCUUACACAACUAGACCCGAUGGAGAAGAUGAGUCACCUGACCCACAGGUGAAACGACUGAGCGACCUUUCAAAUCAGAGCCAUGACUCUCAGGUGUCCAACAGCACGCUGUCGGCCACGUCCCACGAGGAGAGACACAACCUGGUGGCUCCCUCACAGAGAGGGGAGCUGGUGAACAACCAGUCCCCCCAGGAGGAGGAAUACCUGGAUGAGAUGGAGGUGGAGUACAUUGAGCCAACCGUGCACUUUGCAGAGGAACCGAUUAUCCGGGGCGGAGAUGAGGACGACGAAGACGACAGAGAGAACGGCGAGAGGAGCGAUGAAGACGACGACAGGCCGGUGAUCCACCCGGAGAGGCAGCGGCUGAUCAGAAAGGACACGCCGCAUUACAAGAAGCACUUCAAAAUCAACAAGCUGCCCAAACCCGAGGCUGUGGCGGCGCUGCUGCAGGGCUUCAGUCCUGAAGGGCUCAACUCCCCGACACGGGCUGCAGAGGAUGAGCCGAACGAAGAGGAGGAGGAGGAGGAGGAUCAGAUUGUAGGCACCCCUCAGCUCCAUCACAGACUAGAAGAGCUGGACGACAUCCGGCAUCAGGGCAACUCCAGCCAAGUAAAGGGGGUGUCAUUUGAUCAAGUCAAUAAUCUGCUGAUUGAACCUGCUCGAAUUGAGGAGGAAGAGCACUCGCUGACUAUCGUUCGACAGUCUGGUGGGCUUGGUAUCAGCAUUGCUGGGGGAAAAGGAUCUACGCCUUACAAGGGAGACGACGAGGGAAUCUUCAUCUCCAGAGUAUCAGAGGAAGGUCCUGCAGCAAGAGCAGGAGUGAAAGUGGGAGAUAAGCUUCUAGAGGUGAACGGGGUAGACCUCCAUGAAGCAGAGCAUCACACUGCAGUCGAGGCUCUCCGCAGUUCCGGGGCAACGGUUUCCAUGACGAUACUGCGCGAGCGCAUGGUGGAGCCUGAGAACGCCAUCACCACCACGCCGCUGAGGCCCGAGGACGACUACUUCCCACGGGAGAGGCGGAGCAGCGGCCUCGCCUUCAAUCUGGAGAGCAGUCCUAGCGGACCCCGGCAGAGGUUCUCCACCUGCCUGAUCCGGAACGACAAAGGCCUUGGGUUCAGCAUCGCCGGGGGAAAAGGCUCCACACCGUAUCGCACAGGAGACACUGGAAUCUACAUUUCCAGGAUUGCUGAGGGCGGAGCGGCACACAGAGACAGCACGCUGCGAGUCGGUGACAGGGUGAUCUCUAUCAAUGGUGUAGACAUGACAGAGGCCAGGCAUGACCAGGCAGUAGCGCUCCUUACCGGCACCUCCCCCACCAUCGCGUUGCUGGUGGAGCGAGACCUGAGCGCGCCGGGGGGCUCUCCGGGUCAGAACCGGGCGCGGGCCCAUUCCCCUCCGCCCCCAGAACCCUCCGCCUCUCCAGACCAAGAUGAGGAAGGCCUUCAGGGGAACCACAUGGGGAAGCUGGAGGACGAGUAUCCCAUUGAGGAGGUGACCCUGAUGAAGUCAGGCGGCCCUCUGGGACUGAGCAUCGUUGGAGGCAGUGACCAUGCCAGCCACCCAUUCGGCAUCAAUGAACCUGGGGUCUUCAUCUCAAAGGUAAUUCCUCACGGUUUGGCGUGUCAAAGCGGCCUGCGAGUCGGCGACCGCAUAUUAGAGGUGAACUCCAUCGACCUGCGGCACGCCACACACCAGGAAGCCGUGCGGGCCCUGCUGGCUAACAAACAGGAGAUCCGCAUGUUGGUGCGGAGGGAUCCUUCGCCGCCGGGGAUGCAGGAGGUUCUGAUCCAAAAGCAGCCCGGUGAGAAGCUCGGGAUUAGCAUUCGCGGAGGAGCAAAAGGUCAUGCUGGAAACCCCUUUGACCCCACAGAUGAGGGCAUCUUUAUCUCCAAGGUGAGUUCGACCGGCGCAGCAGCCAGAGAUGGACGGCUGCAGGUCGGCAUGCGCAUCCUGGAGGUGAACAACCACAGCCUGCUGGGAAUGACCCACACAGAGGCGGUCAGAGUGCUUCGUGCGGUCGGGGACUCUCUGGUCAUGCUGGUGUGUGACGGCUUCGACCCGCGGAAAGUCGCAGCUGUUGAGGCAUCUCCCGGGAUCAUCGCCAACCCGUUUGCAACCGGCAUCGUACGCAAGAACAGUAUGGAGAGCAUCUCCUCCAUAGACCGAGACCUGAGCCCAGAGGAGAUGGAAAUCAUACAGAAGGAGUCUGAGAUGGUCAGAGAGACAUCGCAGUGGGAGCGAGAGGAGAUGGAGAAAGUGGAGCGUAUGCGUUUGGAGCGUGAGGAGGCAACUCGCCUGCUAGAAGAGGAGACGGAGAACCUUGGCACUGGACCUUUAAAACUUGACUACAAAACCCUGGCUGCUCUCCCCACCACCAGCCUCCAGAAAGUGAACAGGUUCUCUGCCUCUGUUACUCUGACUGCCCCCAUGGAGGCCCCCCUGUUGGCCAAUCACGGAGCCCCUAUAGAGCCCUUUGGGUCGGCCAAACACACCGAACCCCUCAUUGAUUAUCUCCACCAAUCGCACAACGGGACGUCCAGCGUCCCUGAGAGUCCAGCUGUUGACUCGACAGUUUCUCCUGAGGAGGAAGAGGAGUGCCUGGUGGACUCGCAGCCCAUGUGCUUUAAUGAGAACCCCUUCCUGGUGGCUAACCGUAGAGGGAAAGGCCUUCCAACCGGAGAGCGGAUCCUGUCAGGGCCUCCGGUGGGCUACGGCCGGCAGGGGAAGCUGCAGCCCUGGUUGUUCAGCAAGGCAUCUUCAUCUGAUUACACCAGAACGGACAGCCCAGUCAGGGAAGCACCAUAUUCUCCCACUAUCCAACCGCUCAGCCUCCAUUCCUCCAGCAGCUCCCUGUGUGCAGGCAGGGAGACCCGCUUUGCAAACAUUCAUUUCACUGCCACUCCCACUGCUAAGGACAGCAAUUCAUCAUCAACGCGGCCUGGAGCCAUCCAGCCAGUCGGACGCGCGUGGCCCACCGCCUCCCCCGGCACGCCGGAGGGCCGCAGCCCUAACCCCUUUCAGCAUGGCCCCUCCCCGUUCAACUCCUCUCCUCGCGCCCCUUCCCCCUCUUCGCCCGAUGAGUUCCCAAUGAAUGUCAAGCAGGCAUACAAGGCGUUCGCCGCCGUGCCUCGCUCGCUGGCAGUGCUGGAGCCGCCGCAGGAUCUGUAUGGGGUGAGGAACAAUUUUCACCCAAAGCAACCUUCACCAGAGCCUGUGCUGAACGACGAGGUGUUUGAUGAUAGAAGUGAAGGUCAGGAAGGGGGUGGUGAGGGCCUGACCAGCAGGGUCUCCCCCCGGCCCUCUCUCUCCUCCGAUCGACGGGACUAUAUGAGCCUGGCUGCCGUGCCGCGCUUCUCUAGAACCUCCAUGGAGCAGCAGAGUCCAUCUCUUGGAGGUAAGAAGACCCCGGAGCAGCGCUCGUUCAGGGACAGACAGAAAUACUUUGAGAUUGACGUGAAGCAGCAGACGCCAGAGAAACCCAAACCCAGAGUCUCCCUCGUCGGAGAGGAUGACCUCAAGAAAAUGAGGGAGGAGGAAGAGAGGAAGUUUGAGCAGCGAGCGCGGGAGUACCUGAUGGACGAAGACGAUGAGGAUGAGGAAGAAGACCUGGCUAAGCAGGUGGAGCACAUGAAGGCUACAGGAAAGGUUUUGUUAGACGGGGUUGAGUACAAGGUGGAGCCCGUUUCUACCCCGUCUCAGCACUGCUCCACUCCACUAAGCUUCACCGGCAGCUCCGGACCUUCUUCGGUAGAUGGGAAGGGCGACUCUCAGAGAAAUUCACUGGAGGACAGCUUCAAGUUGGAGCAGAGACCAAACUCCAUGACAGGGUGAUUACAGUUUUUAAAAGUCAUUUCUGAAUGUCUACAUGCAUUAGCUGCCUUAUAUAUUUAUAUCU